UGCACCCUUCCCAUUUAAACCCUCUCUGCAACAUGCACUGCAACACCAUCAUCUCGCCACCCUUCUCUCUUUCCUUCCUACUCUCUCCCUUUUCUAAACCAAAAAUCAAACUCACAAAAGCCAAGAACUACAACACUACUUACACUAACACUUUGAAGCUCAAAUAUAUAUAUAUAUAUAUAUAUAUAGUGGUGUACACUAGUUACUACUCCCACAAUGUCCUUUGAUGGUGAUUACUUUUUCUCCUCUUCCACAGGUAUUUAUCAAAGCAAAUGGCAUUCAUCUCCUCUUCUUCCUCUCUCCCCUUCACUUUCCCUCCCUUCCUAUCUCUUCAACCUCCCCAUCCCUUCAAUUUCCUCUCCCUCCUUCAUCGACUCCGUCUCCGGCUUCUCCCUUUCCUUUUCCGAUCUUCGCUCUCUCGCCUUAUCCGCAUCUCUUUCCCUCCACUCUCUCGGCAUUUCCAAUGGCGAUGUUGUUCUUCUUGUGUCCCCUAAUUCCAUCUAUUUUCCGGUUAUCGUCUUAGCUAUCAUGUCUUUAGGCGCCGUCUUCACCACCGCCAAUUUCCUUCUAACUCGACAAGAGCUCGAAUCUCAAAUACGAGACUCAAACGUAUCCCUAAUUCUCACAACCUCCGAUCUCAGCCACAAGCUUGACAACCUCAUCUCCAAACCCCUAGUCCUAAUCCAAGACUUCAUCUCCAAUCUCAAACCAACACCCAACAACAUUACAAUCCUCGCAAACACAUCGAUAAAAACCACCGACACCGCCGCUCUAAUGUACUCAUCCGGCACCACCGGCAAAAGCAAAGCUGUCAUCUGUUCCCACGGCAACCUCAUCGCCAUGAGCUGCAUUCUCCGGGAUGUUUGGGGAGGCUUCGGCCGCAACGAGACGUAUCUUUGCACAAUCCCUAUGUUUCAUAUGUUCGGCUUCUCGGUCUUUGUCUGUGGGGCUUUGGCGAUGAUGACGCCGGUGGUGGUGAUGAGGAGGUAUGUGAUUGAAGACAUGCUGACAGCGAUGAAGAGGCAUAGAGUGACUAAGCUUUUGGCGGUGCCGCCGAUGAUUAUACAAAUGGUGAGGGUGGCCGGAAAGGGGAGGAGGUGGGAGCUCAGUUGUUUGAAGGAGGUGGUGUGCUCCGGCGCGCCGCUGCCGAGGGAGUACAUGGAGAUGUUCGUUGAGUGCUACCCGGGAGUCACGUUGUCUCAGUGCUAUGGAUUAACAGAGACAAGUGGACCAAUAACAUUAUGUGAUGGAGUUAAAGGGAGGUUUCAUGUGUCAAUUGGAAGACUAAUCCCCACAAUGGAAGCAAAGAUAAGAGACGUACACACUAACAAAGCUCUCCCCUUUAACAAGUAUGGUGAACUCUUGGUUAGAGGACCUCCUCUUAUGCAAGGAUAUUUGAAUAAUGAAGAAGCUACAUCAAUGGCCAUUGAUGAUGAAGGAUGGUUACACACCGGUGAUUUAUGCUACAUUGAUAGGCGUGGACUCAUUUACGUUGUUGAUAGGAUCAAAGAGCUCAUAAAAUACAAAGCAUACCAGGUUGCUCCAGCAGAGCUUGAAGAGAUUCUCCAAACACAUCCUGAAGUUCAUGAUGUUGCAGUCAUACCGUAUCCAGAUGAUGAAGCAGGAGAGAUACCAAUGGCAUGUGUUGUGAGGAAACCAGGGAGCUCUUUCAAAGAAGAUGAACUCAUCUCUUUCACUGAAAAGAAGGUGGCUCCAUAUAAGAAGAUCAGAAAAGUGAUUUUUGUGGAUGUGAUUCCAAGAUCACCAUCAGGGAAAAUCCUAAGAAGGUUGAUCAAGGCCAAGGUUGUGCAACAACAAGGGACAGAGAUUUCUGCAAGGCUAUAAACAUCUCAAUUUAAAAAACCAUUCAUUAUUGCCAUCUCCAUUGAUUGAUUUUUAAAACAUUGAUUCCUAAUUUUGUUUUAUCUCUUUAAUAAGAAAGAGGAAAGUAAUUGUAAUUUUUAAGUUUAUUUUUCAUUCUAUGAUUUUAUCUGCUUGCUCUCCAUUUGUAUCACAGACAAUGUGUUUAUAUUUUAUAUCAAGUGAACUUUGAUUGUUUGAUGAACUUGAAUUCAUUCAA